AUGGCGGUGACCGGGUUCAGAGAAAAGGCGCCGUCUUGCCACAUUUUGAUUCUCUUAUUGGCUCUGUCUACUUCGCUUCAAUGCAGGUUACUUACUGUCUCCGUGGAUGCGAUUCUCGACCCUCUCGAUUUCCUGGCCCUGCAAUCGAUUCGGAAAUCGCUAGACGACAUGCCGGGCUCCAACUUCUUCUCCUCCUGGGACUUCACCUCCGACCCCUGCAACUUCGCCGGUGUCUACUGCGACUCCGACCGGGUCAUCGCACUCAAUCUCGGCGACCCGAGAGCGGGCUCUCCAGGUCUAAUCGGCAGGCUCGACCCAGCAAUCGGCAAGCUCUCGGCGCUCGGUGAGCUCUCCGUGGUCCCGGGUCGGAUCAUGGGCUCACUGCCCGAAUCUGUCUCCCAGCUCAAGGACCUCCGGUUCCUCGCCAUCAGCCGGAACUUCCUCACGGGGACCAUCCCGCAAUCAAUCUGCCAGCUCUCCAAUCUCCGAACCCUCGAUCUCAGCUACAACCAGCUCACGGGUCCGGUCCCUCCCUCAAUCGGGUCGAUCCCCGGGCUAUCCAAUCUCGUCCUCUGCCACAACCGCCUCUCGGGUCCGGUCCCUCCGUUCGGAUCCCAAUUACUGACCCGACUCGACCUGUCCCACAACCAGCUCAACGGCUCCAUCCAACCACUCUCCUUCCCUCCCUCUCUCCAGUACCUCUCCCUCUCCUGGAACCGGCUGGUCGGGCCGGUCGACACGAUCCUCACCCGGCUCGACCAGCUCAACCACCUCGACCUCAGCGCCAACGGGUUCACCGGGCCGAUACCGGGUCGGAUCUUCGGGUUCCCCAUCGGCAGCCUCCAGCUCCAGAGGAAUUCGUUCGUGGGCCCAGUCCAGCCCACGGACCAGGUGGCGAUCCCGACGGUGGACCUCAGCUACAACAGGCUUUCCGGCCCAAUUUCCCCGAUGUUCUCCACCGUCCAGAAUCUCUACCUCAAUAACAACCGGUUCAGCGGGGAAGUUCCAGGGAGCCUAGUGGACCGGCUGCUGGCGGCGGGGAUGGAGACGCUGUAUCUGCAGCAUAACUAUCUGACCGGGAUCGAGAUCAAUCCGACGGCGGAGAUUCCGGUGAGCAGCUCGCUGUGUCUGCAGUACAAUUGUAUGGUUCCACCGCUGCAGACGCCUUGCCCGUUGAAGGCCGGGAACCAGAAGACGAGGCCCACCGCGCAGUGCAACGAGUGGCGAGGGUAG